AUGCAGUCAGGAAGCAACGAGCCAGCCGCUGCGGCGGCGGCUGCUGCUGAUAUCACCAGCGACAACGAAGGCGCGCAAAUAACAUCGUCAAAGGCAAGCUUCGAAGACGCGCCGCAAGAACAGCCACCCAGCACCUCGAACUCGGGCAAAAGCCAUCCGUCCGAAGACAGAGCUCCAAGCGAGGACGCCGGAAGAGACAACGGCAGCAAACCAGCUUCACAAAAGGUUCCGAGCAGACAACCAUCCGUCGAGGGAACCCGGGCAGCAGUCGUCGCAGGAUCAUCAUCGCAACAGGGAAGCCGAGCCGGAUCCCAGCAGGGCAGCAGGAGGGGUUCCAACGAAGCGGCCGUGGCCGGCGGCGGCGGUACAGCCGACGCCCCGACCGCUGCGUCGGACGCGGCGAUCGCCAGGGAGCGCGCGCCCGGCGACGAGAACCGUGAGGCAUUCCGCGACUCCACGAUCACGGCCGUCAGCGAGAGCACGGCGCAGAUGCUCGGUCGAGACGGCGUGCCAAAGACCACGACUGAUCCGGCGGCGGCAGGAGUCCUUGCGGGAACGGGCGAGACCCCCGGCGACGACGACGAGCUCGAGCCCCUGACAAAGUACGUCGACUGGACGGAACACAUCUCCAUCUCCAUCGGCCCGUUUGUCAUUCUCUUCUUCGAUCUCGCGCUGCCGGUCUGCAUCUACUACAGUUGGCUUCGCGCCCGACGAAACGAUCGUCGCGCCGCGUGUCAGUCUGCCUACGACGCGGGCGUGGAAUGCGGACUCCCUCCCGUCCAGACGGUUGAGAGUAGAAUUCUCGGUUUUGCCAUUAUUGCUUUCGGUUUCGGAGAAGUGUACAUCCUCAUUGUGCGAGUAUAUCGACUCAUCGCCCGCUUCGACGAGUGCGCGCCGCUGCUGUCCAAGCACUGGUGGGAGCUGGACGCCACGACCUGGGUUUACGCGCUCGGUCUGAUUGCCGCCUUGGUCCCCUUUGUCUGCUCAACCACAGUUUACGAGCCGGACGUUGUCGAGUGGCUGUACCUGUACUCUCCCGCCUUCAUGUUCAUGGUCCUGGACGUCAUUGCCUUUGCGACGUUGAUCCCGAUCAAGAUCCCGUUCCGUAUCAACUCGGACCCCAAAGGCACACGUCUCAAGCCCAUCGUCUACUAUGCCGCCGAAGACUUCUUCGCCGUCGACGGAGCGCAGAACAGGGAGUUCCGCAAAAGAUAUGUCGAGCGGUACGACAAGUCGAUGAUGUUCCGCAAGAUGAUUCUUGAGUUGACGCUCUUCUGGAUCGGCGGCUGCACGGCGUACAUUGGCUACGUGGCCGGCAUCAUUUGGAACCUGGAGUUUGAACGCGCGUUUGGCACGACGUUGGGCGUCUUGUUUGGAUGGAUUAUAAUCUGGGGUGUCACUGCGAGAUUUUGGAUCGAGUACGCGAUCAAACGCGAGCAAAAGUGGUGGAAAGAGAACAAGGCCGAAAGAAACGCGGCCAAGCUUCAAUGA